CAUAUUUGCCCGCUCAUCAUCAACAAGGAUAGGGUUUCCUGGAUCUGCUUGAUCGUAAACUUAGAGCUCUGGUUCAAUAAAUGACGAGUGUUUUGCAUUAUCUCUAUGCACCCUCUUUAUGUCAACACGGAAAUAAAGCAUUUUCAACUUCAUUGCGAUGAUGCUCAGCUGAGAUUAAUGGCAACAACGAAAAAGUUGUUGGAGGGGAGAGAGAGUAGACGGCAACACUUCGAGUGAUCAUUUUCGAAGGACGAGGCCCAGUCUCUGACAGUAGUCCUGGAAAGGAGUAAAAAUCGGAAGAAGUAGAAGUAGGCAUUUUUUUUAUCAGAUCAUGAUGUAGGUGUAGGUUUAGGACGCGAUGUAGCAGCUUUAGGAUGAAGACUCGAAGUCUACCUCCAAUGAGGGACGAAAGCAAGAAGUAGAUACACGAAAACGCGUUAGAUGAAGUGCUUAGGCUGUUGUUCAUCAAGAUCAACGCAUCCUAGUUAUAGCCAUUAAUAUAUUUACCACCACCAACACGACCAUGUCAGUCGCGGCCCUACGCAUGGACGACGAAGUCGGCACUUCGCUUAUGAUGACUGGCGCUCUUUCCGGAGCUUCGGGUCGCCUCCAUGGACGGUCUCCUUGGGCCUCCUGCCUAAGAGCACUGGAGAAGGGCGCAGCGAUGCAACAGGUAGGAGCAAGCUCAAGUAAGACUGCAUCAUCAAUAAACGAUAUACAAAACGAAUCAGCAGAGAAAACCUAUCAUGACUUGCUGUUUGGGGAUGCGAAUGACGUCUCUGGAGCUCCUGCUGUGCCUGCUAAUGAACACCAAGCGGGAGAUGUACUCGGCGGACCUUCUAAGAACAAUACAGAGCCUUCUUCUUCUUCAACGUCUACACGGGACCGUGAUGCGGAGAGGGAGCUGAGUAGUGGAGUCCCUCGCUUUUUUCCACGACAAGCACCGGUAUUGCCUGAAGAGCCAGUAAACAUGUCUUCGACCGAGAGUGUUAAGAAAAAGUGCUAGCAACGACGAAUAUACAGUUGUCGUUAUUUCAACAAAACGUCGUGGAUAGUACUUAUUCGAAAACUCAAAAUAACCGAGUUACUAACUGAAAUAAGGGAGGCAGCUUAACAUCAAGGCUACCCUUCCUUCUCGUCAGUAUCUCGGUUAUUCAGAUCAGUUACUUGCUUAUUUCAGUUUUUCGAAUACUACAGUCGCAGUUCUAGGUUCUUGAUACUUUUUACUACAGUUGUAACAGGUCUUAGAAAUAAGUCCUAGGUGAGGAAAUGUUCUUUCUAACCACACUCUCCAAGCCCAGGAUGAGGAAAUGUUUCCGACCUUGCAAGCAGGGAACACAACCUCUGCGGACCCCGCUAGUUACGAUGGCGCGGCUUUGGUUGACGACUUGAUGCGCUUGGAGCCCAGUGUGAACAAUUAUGGGAGAAGAACGCGGAAAGAGGUAGAAGGUUGGCGGGUUUUGUUCUUGUUUUUUAUCAUUCUUGGUAGCAGGUCAUAGAAGAAGACGAAGAUGAAGUGCAGGUCGUACUACUAGACGAUGAAGAUAGUUAUGAUUACGAACUCUUUCACUUGCACCACGACCACACACACAGUACGCAAUGGACCACAUUGAGUAGUUGGAGUUAGUGAUAUGUUGAAAUCACGACCUCCCGUCGCUGACCUCAUGAACAUGAUGAGUAAUGUUCGACGUCCUCUAAUUCCAAGAUCAUCAUAAUCGAGUACCGAAAGGCGUCAUUCACAAAAUCUUGACAAGGAUAGCGCGAACGAAGAUGCUGCAGCGAAAGUUGGCCUCGCUUGUAGUCGAGCCCGAUUUGCACAAACUCUUGGAACCACUGAGAGCGAAAGCGAUACUGACAUGGUAAUCUUUGUCUCUUUGGUUCUUGUUUGUAGUUGUAUGCCUACGGGGAAGGAGGUGCUUGUUACUGCGUUUGCAUUUGUGCGGCAGUGUUUCGCCCCACUAGGGGAGUCGGGUCGCUUGGGGACGGCUCCAUCCACACGUGGGCGAGGACGUGGACGCGACUCGAGCGCCACCACGACCAGCAGGAGGCGCAGCCAGGCGCGCGCGACGCGGUGGCGGCUGUUUCAGGAGGUGGCUCGAACACUGCCGCCAGCAAUGUGGGCAGUCGCUCGAGGAGCUGGGCAGGGCUGUGCUGGCUCGAUGGGUCCAAAGACAUCGCCCCCUGGCUGUGCCGCCGCUGCUAUCCAGCCGGCCACCGGCGUGGCGCUUUCAGUCUAGGGAGGACGCGCCUGCGCUGCCACAGUGCGCACUGGGUGUGGCUUUGCUCGAUCGUGAUAGCUUAGCGCUGAGGCCCUACAAAGAGAGGGCAGCACCCGGGGCGCGGGUGUUUGCCGGCAGACGUGAGGCAGCCGGAAACGGGUUGGGGCCGUUUGGAGGGCCUUAAACCUACCGCGGGGCGGCGACGCUCGCAAGGUGAGGAUCUGGCGCUCUGUCGGUAUCUUCGUAACUGCUUCUGCUGCCUUCUUGUUGAGCGCGCCGGGGCCUUGCUCCAUCGAUGUGAAACACCCCAAAACGCCUGCAGGGGGUCCAGGACGGUGGCCCAGCGAGCCGCGGCGGGCCGAAUGAGACGCCACAGGAGAGGGGAGUGAGAGUAAAUAACAGGCGAAGCCGAUGACCGAAGCCGCCUUGCGCAUUCUGAGCGCCCCGCCAAAGGGCUCUGACCGGGUGAGCUUCGCAAGCGACGAGAGGGGCGCAGCCAACAAGGGGGGGGGCGCGGUGUUCGAGGUGUCGGCGGAUGGCGUGCAAACUGGCGGGCCCGCUGGUGAGGGUCGAUGGUGGGCGGGGCCACGGGCUUGCGCUGCAACGGCUGCCCCCUGUGGUUUGUUUUGUUUUGUCCUUUCGUCCUUUUAUGCGUUCUCUGUGCGUGGCAAACUCUGUCAGCCGGCGCCGGCCGCUCGCGUUUCCUUUAUUUUUUUCUCAGUUGUAAGUAAGUAUCAGCUUUCUUUCGCAUUCAUGGUUAUCUCCACCGAACUUGAGCCCCCACCACCUGUGACGACUCCUCCUCUGAGAAGCAUUCUUGUUUUGGUGACACCCUUCCACGACCAAAAUGGAGAGGCUUCUUUGAGUAUAUCGCUCUGACAUCGUCUACCUUUCAGUUCCAAUUAUUCCGAACGCGAAGUAAUCGAUUAUAAGACUUUUCGGGAAGUGUAUCGGCUAUUGCUAGAGGAAUAUCCUGCGGAGGAACGGGAAAUCUACCAGAAACGCUUUGGCCCAUUCUUCACAGCGCGCUCCUAUCUCUAAGGCUCCCCGUAGGUGUAGUUUUCCACUCUACUUGAAGACUUUGCUACAGUUGUACUAGAUUAGGGGCAUGAUCUAAGUAACAAGUACUUGUUCUACAACUUCUAUAGGUUAUCAAACAAGCGGAAUUUUUAUCUCGCAUCUUUCACUUCUCUAAUCUUUCAAGUUCGGUUCUCUCGUUUCCGAGAUUGGAAUCGUGCCGUUCUUUUCCUACGUCGUAAGAAUGGUGAACACAGCUCAGACAAGGAUCCAGCUGAGCUACUACGAUACUCUGGGAUCUGGCUAUCUCCGCGAAAAGGACGUGGAAAACUUCAUCUUCGAACUCAUUCCUACGUUGCCGCAACUACAGCAAUUGCAAGUAUGGAAGAGAUCAUGUUGCCCCCUACUUUUCUUGUUUUUAGUCGCAAGUAAGAAUGAAAAGAUGAAGUAGAUCUGAACUCCUAGUAUGUUGAUCUGAGCAUUGCGUAGUACUCUAGUAUGAUCCCUUUCCCCACCUUCAUCUCCCGAAGAGUUUUAUCCGUUUUACGUUUUCACCGCUGUUCGAAAGUUCUUCUUCCUUCUAGACCCAAAGCGAACCGGCAAAAUCCACAUACGACGACUGUUGUUAAGGCUGCAAGAAAUCCCCCAUUUUCAGAAGAAGGUUCUAAGAUCUUAGAACCAGGGGAAAAAGGUUCUAAGAUGCGUUUCAAGACGGAUCUUAGGUCUAAUGUUGCCAUCGACGCUUCUACCAGAAUUGUACGAGCUACGUGCUGAAACCAAAGGAGACGUUGCAACCGGGGAAGGGAAUUGGUUCUUUAUGAGGAAGAUGCAAGGAUUUUUGAUGUAUAAGUACAAGUAGAAAGCGCAUUGAUAGUACUAGUCGUGAUCGUGGUAGAAGUACCGAGGUGUAAUAAUUAUUUCAGCCCGGCAGCACAAUACCUUCUAUAGCGAGUGGAAGCACAGACUCACCAUACCGAGGUGUAAUAAUUAUUUCCGCCCGGCACAAUACCUGCUAUAGCGAGUGGAAGCACAGACUCACCAUACCGAAGUGUAAUUAUUAUUUCCGCACGCUAUAUUGAUGCAGAUGCUGGACCCAGCAUCUCCAGUCACUGAUCACAAACGCCCAUCUUUAGUAGUCCUACAACUCCCUUCUGCCCCCCCUUCUUCAUUCCCUCCGUCGAAUCCGCUUUACGUGUUUACGGCAUGUACCUCGAACUUGACUCCGAUCAAAAUGGUAUGCUCUCUCCGGCAGAACUCGUCAAAUACGGCUCUGGCCUCUUGUCCGAGGAAAUCAUCAUCCGAGUCUUCGAGGAAUAUCAGACCUACCGAGACGAAACGGGUGCGCAAGAGAUGGAUUACAAGACGUUUCUAGACUUAAGGCUUAGUACCGUAAAAAUUCAUUUUGUGAGUAGAAGUAUCUAUCUACUGUGAUUAGAAAAGGAGAAACCUUUGUACACAAGAUGAUCAUGAUGACUUGCAGGAUUAUACUAGAUAGUACUAGUAGACUUCGCCCUAUAGCAGGAAUAGAUAGAUGAGGAGGAUACUAGAUAGUAGACUUCUUCGUCCUGCUAUAGAAUUAGAAAUAGAUAGAAAGGUCAUCUAAUACAUAGACUAUAGAUCUAAUAGACUUCGUGUUAGCGAUGAAGAACAAGCAUUGCAAGCAGAGCAUCUACUACAUGUGGCGACUGAUCGACUUGAACCACGACAACCAAGUGACGAAGCCGAUCAUUAAGGCUGUACUACCUUGAAACGUAUUGUAAGUCUUUGGGCCCACGACGCUGUAGCAUCCUUGAUGAAAUGUAUGUUGAACGUAUCUAUGAAUAUUCAUGGAGGAGUUGUAUCAUCCACCUAAGCAGGGAUCGAUGAAAACAAGGACUCCCCCAUAGUACUUUUCAAGGAUGCACUUGAAAGAUGAACUUCGGACAGGAGCUCUAAGAUUAUCCGCUAUUUUCUUCAGGGAAUAAGGCGGAACAUGGAUCGCGCGGACGUGCCGCAUGACCUGUUGAACUCGUCCAGCGUCGAUAUCGAUGACGUCGUGGAUGAGAUCUUUGAUAUGGUAGUACUAUCUAUGGCAUUUGAUGUUGAUGACGUCGUGGAUGAGAUCUUUGAUAUUUUGGUACUUCCAUCUGCGACCUAUUUAAUUCUGUAGUAAAAAUGGCUUUUUGGCUCGCAGGACCUUUAAUCCUCAAGUAAAAAUGGCUUUUUGGCUCGCAGGAAGAUUCUUCUAAGUACGUGGAAGACGAAGAACUAGUACAUUGAUAGCGAUUUUUAUAUCUCAAACUCAAUCUCACGAACAUUUAGAUCAGGGACAACGACGGACAACUAUUUCAAUUUCAUUCCUCAACAUGACAGAUCCGUCCAACCAAUCCGUGUUACAUCACAGUGGAGGACGUGUUGGAGAGCAAGAUGGGUGUUACCAUGCUCUCCAUUCUAACCGAUACCCAAGCCUUCUUCCACUACGAUCAACGGGAGCACCUGCUUGCUCCUGAUGAAGAGGGCGCGGAUGAGAUGGGGAGUUAAUGCUGGACCAUGUUGCACGUGUCGUUGUACGCGCUACGUGCUUCCAGUGUCACUCUUCAUCAGCCGCUCUCUCUUCAUCAGCCGAAGAGAGGGAGCCGAUGAGAUGGACCACGUAGUUGCACGUGUGGUCGUUGUAUGCUGUGCACAAUGUUAACAAUUAGAUUUUGCUCAAGAAGAUCUAUGAGAGGAAGAUUCGCACUCAGCCCCUGACGGUCUGCCCUGAGGCUAAGGGGAUAAUUCGAUUUGAAGGGCUCGUAGACUGGAUCUUUUUUUGUCGGUCCUGCAGUCGUCCGGCGCCACCUGAUGAAGAGGGCGCGGAUAGAAAUCAAUUUCCGAACAAAUAAUUCGCACUUCUGAACAAUAAAGAAGAUAGGUGCAGGGG